AUGGAAUUAGAUUUUGCUGAAGAACAAAAUAUUAAAGAUUAUAACCAACAAGAUCAACGCGAAAAUGUUACACAACAAAUAAAUAAAUAUUCUGAUUUAAUAGAAAAAGAAUUUAUGAAAACUUCGGAAGAAAUACAACAAAUAAUUGAAGAAUCAUCAAGUGAAAAACGUUUAUUACAAAUUAGAACAUUAUCUCAAACAUUGAAAAAAGUUCAAAUAAGAAUCAUAGGUGAUUCAAAAGUUUGA